AGGGUGAGGGUUGAGGGCGGGAGAGGACGAGGGCUGCAGCAGGCGGCAGGGGUGCGCGGCAGCCAGGGGGCGGAGCCCAGCGCGAGCCGCAGGCGAGGCAGCGGCCGCACUCGGACCCGAGAAGCCGUGCGCUAUUCCCGAUUCUCCUCGGAGGACCCUAGGGAAUCUGUGCAAUGAAUGGUGACACGCGGGCCGCAGUGGUGACCUCACCACCUCCAACCACAGCCCCUCACAAGGAGAGGUACUUUGACAGAGUCGAUGAGAACAAUCCAGAAUAUUUGCGGGAGAGGAACAUGGCACCAGACCUUCGUCAGGACUUCAAUAUGAUGGAGCAGAAGAAGAGGGUGUCUAUGAUUCUACAGAGUCCUGCCUUUUGUGAAGAGCUGGAGUCCAUGAUACAAGAGCAGUUUAAGAAGGGGAAGAACCCCACAGGCCUGUUGGCAUUGCAGCAGAUUGCAGAUUUCAUGACAGCAAGUGUACCAAACGUCUACCCAGCAGCUCCACAAGGAGGAAUGGCUGCCCUGAACAUGAGUCUUGGUAUGGUUACUCCUGUGAAUGACCUUAGAGGAUCUGAUUCUAUUGCAUAUGACAAGGGGGAGAAGUUACUGCGGUGUAAACUGGCAGCGUUUUACAGACUAGCAGAUCUCUUUGGGUGGUCUCAGCUUAUCUACAAUCAUAUAACAACCAGAGUGAACUCUGAGCAGGAACACUUCCUCAUCGUACCUUUUGGACUUCUCUACAGUGAAGUGACCGCAUCCAGCUUGGUUAAGGUCAAUCUACAAGGAGAUAUAGUAGAUCGUGGAAGUACUAACCUAGGAGUAAAUCAGGCUGGCUUCACUUUGCAUUCUGCAAUUUAUGCUGCACGACCAGACGCCAAGUGUAUUGUGCACAUUCACACCCCGGCAGGGGCUGCGGUCUCUGCAAUGAAGUGUGGACUCUUGCCUAUUUCCCCGGAGGCACUUUCCCUUGGAGAUGUUGCUUAUCAUGACUAUCACGGCAUUCUGGUUGAUGAAGAGGAAAAAAUUUUGAUUCAGAAAAAUCUGGGCCCUAAAAGCAAGGUUCUCAUUCUCCGGAAUCACGGGCUUGUGUCAGUCGGAGAGAGUGUGGAGGAGGCCUUCUAUUACAUCCAUAACCUUGUGGUUGCGUGUGAGAUCCAGGUUCGAACUCUGGCGAGUGCUGGGGGACCAGACAAUGUAGUUCUGCUGGAUCCUGGGAAGUACAAAGCCAAAUCCCGUUCUCCAGGGACUCCAGCGGGGGAAGGCUCUGGGUCACCUCCCAAGUGGCAGAUUGGGGAACAAGAAUUCGAAGCUCUUAUGCGGAUGCUCGAUAAUCUGGGCUACAGAACUGGCUACCCCUAUCGAUACCCUGCUCUGAGAGAGAGAUCUAAAAAGCACAGCGAUGUGGAAGUCCCUGCCAGUGUCACGGGCCACUCCUUUGCCAGUGAUGGCGAUUCGGGCACUUGCUCGCCUCUCAGACACAGUUUUCAGAAGCAGCAGCGAGAGAAGACAAGAUGGCUGAACUCUGGCCGGGGUGAUGACGCUUCUGAGGAGGGGCAGAACGGAAGCAGUCCCAAGUCGAAGACUAAGUGGACUAAAGAGGAUGGACAUAGAACUUCCACCUCUGCUGUCCCUAACCUGUUUGUUCCAUUGAACACUAACCCCAAAGAGGUCCAGGAGAUGCGGAACAAGAUUCGAGAGCAGAACUUACAGGACAUUAAGACGGCGGGUCCUCAGUCCCAGGUUCUGUGUGGUGUGAUGAUGGACAGAAGCCUCGUUCAGGACGCACCCCUCUCUGACUGUACGGAAACUAUCGAAGGGCUCGAGCAGACCUUUAGUCCCGCUAAGUCUGUCUCUUUUAGAAAGGGGGAGCUGGUGACGGCCUCCAAAGCCAUCAUUGAGAAGGAAUACCAGCCCCACGUAAUUGUGAGCACCACGGGUCCCAACCCUUUCAACACGCUGACAGACCGUGAACUAGAGGAAUACCGACGAGAGGUGGAACGGAAGCAGAAGGGCUCUGAAGAGAACCUGGAUGAGACAAGAGAGCAGAAAGAGAAGAGUCCUCCAGACCAGUCAGCCGUCCCCAACACUCCUCCCAGUACUCCCGUCAAGCUUGAAGAAGACCUUCCCCAGGAGCCGACAUCCAGGGAUGACAGUGAUGCCGCCACUUUCAAGCCGACGCUCCCUGACCUCUCCCCUGAUGAGCCUUCAGAAGCACUUGCCUUCCCGCCAGUGGAGGAGGAGGCCCAUGCUGCCCCAGACCCCACUCAGCCCCUUGCUGAGGCUGACCCUGAGCCAGCCUCAGCCUCAGCUCCAGGAGCUGAAGAGGUAGCCUCCCCGGCCGCUGAGGAGGGGUCUCCCAUGGACCCUGGCAGCGAUGGGUCUCCAGGCAAGUCCCCAUCCAAAAAGAAGAAGAAGUUCCGCACCCCGUCCUUCCUGAAGAAGAGCAAGAAGAAGAGUGACUCCUGAAGGCCCACCCUGCGUACUGUCAUGUCUAUAGGCCUGGCUCUGCCAGGGUUCCCUCCUGUCCUGUGUUCUGUCCUCUCCUGUCAUGGAAUGCAAAAAGCCAAGACCUCCAUGUUCUACAGCCCCUCCCAUGUAUGGUCAGCCCCUGCACCAGUGCUAGCCCAGUGUGUGCUUAGCCUCCCUACAGGCCUUGGUUCUGUGGGGACCUGGGCUUCGUCUGCACCCGUGAGUUGUGCCCCCUGCAGGAGGGGCACUGACUCCUGGUCCUGGCUGGAAGGCAUUGGGGCUUCUGCCAGCUCUGGUUACAGCGUUCCCCCCCCCCCCCCAGCCUUGCCUCUCACUCGCCUUUCUGUCGUGAGUUCGAAUCGUCUGCUGUUUCCCUGCACCCUGUGGAGUCUCGGGGGGCUGAUUUGGACUCGGCUUUUGCUGGCAUCCUCUGCUUGGUGAUGUUAGUUAUCCUCAUACACAGGUAUCCACAUACCCCAGCCAUGAGGUAACACAUGAGAAAACACUCUCAUGUUCAUUAGUGGUCCAGGGCACUGUGGCUGCCUUAAAGAAACGGGUUAUGCCUACUGCCCUAGCAGUGAGCAACCCUGUGUCUACCCAGCACAACGCUAUGCAUGGUCUAACUGGUGACCCCAUGACCAAAACCACAUUCAGGCGCUCAUAGUUGAUCUUAUGGGGUCUUGGAUUCCCAUCCUAGGGAAGAGAUACCAGGAGGGGGAAGAGUCCUUUCUAGAACUUUCUUUCAGCAGGUUUGUGAUUUAACCUACAUUUUAACUGUGAAUUUGAACCGGCCACUCUUUGCAUUAGUUUUUGUUGUAGAGCCUGAGAUAGACUGCGGCAGUACACUCUUGACUUGUGUGGGGAGGUUUGGAAGGAACAGGACCUUAACUGAGUCUGACGUUGCCCUGGUUUUGAUAAGGGGUAACCAUGGUAGAAGCCAGUCUCGGACGUGCCAUCUAAUGUCUUGCAUCAUCCAUAGAGCCCAUGAACUCCUUGAUCCAUUCUUUAUGAAUUUUUACUUAACUUUCAUCCCUGGAAAAGGGCUUGAAUCUGCUUAGUGGGAAGCGCUGAGUGUCAGGUGGAAUCCUAAGGGGCCUUGCUCAGGAGCUGCCACUGCCAGCCUGGCUAGGAGUGAGGAAGUCUGCGGGAGCCCUCAUACCCCUGCUGGGGUCGAGCCUCUGUAGAGCAGGUGCCACCAAGCAGGACCCCACGGCCUGCUGCACUGCUGGUCUCACUGGUCACCACGGUGGCCUGAGCUCUCACCUGGUCCCGAGUUCCCACAUCCGGACUCUUCCUCGUCCUUCCUUCUGGCCCUUCCUUUAUCCCACAUAUGCAAUGACUCUUCUCACUUUUGUAGUCUAAUUCUUUGUAUUACACAUGAAAUAUCGUUGCAUAUAUGGACAGACUUGGAGGACAGGGCCUGUGUGUCCUCUCCUCAUUGUAACAGGUUUUACUCACAAAUAAAAGUCUUUAAGCAGUU